AUGUCUUCAAUUUUAAACUAUUUCUUCCGCCCGAAACGCGCAACUACUGAAGAAGUGAGAAAAAAUGAAAGGCAGACAUUCCUUGAGAAGCUUAUUCGAAGAUGGAAAAUUGUGACUAGUUUAUAGAAUUUUUCGGAAAAGCCAUAUCUAUUUUUUGUUCAUUUCCGUCCAGGGACAGUCUCUGCAAACGGUCGAGAGCGUGACGUCUACAGCCGCCGCCUGUACUCCUGGAGAACGCAGGUCUGACGUCGGUCGAGCUUCUGACUUUGGCGGGAUUUAGAAUCCUCCGCUCGUCGGACGGCGCCGAGGUGACGCUGUGUGCCGAAGACGUCCGCCAAAUCACAGUCAUUUACAAUAUGUUUCAAGGUACUCCUAUCAAGUUUACCUAAUGUGCAAAGCUUGAAAAUAUAGCCUUUUUUCUUUAGAAUUCUAUGAUAUUUCAAACUCAAUGCCACUCAGAGUGGUCCUUUGUAUCAAAAAAAAAAGUUGAACAGCAUUGCCGCCCCAAAGCGACGAAACGCCGACGGUGAUCAUUCCAGUGGCACUGUCAGCAGACGUCGUCGACAAGGUUCAUAUUCUGAAUCUUUCUUCAGAGUCGUCUUCAGAUUGUCAAGUGGUGUAGGACGCCACAAAAGAACGCUAGAGUGGACACUCUAUUCCCAGGUAUAUCGGUCCCCGAAGCCUUGAACGUCAUUGAGGUGAGGUUUCUCUGUCAAGAAAGUUUUGAACGAGCAUCAUGAUCUGAAAAAAAUUGUAUAAGAAGCCAGUUUUCUUUUCUGAAGCCGUUUUUGUUAUUUGUAGGGUUUCUCGGCGCAUUUUGGACGCAUAUUUGUAUGAAAAACAAGAAUGAGAAUUCUACAGGCGUGUCUCUUCCUGGAGAUCGGAAGCCUUUGCGAACUCGUCAGCAAAUGGGUCGCCGACAAGCUCGAGGGGAAAACUCGCGAAGAAAUGCGUUUGAUCAUGGGACGUCCCGAGAGUAGUCUCAGUCAAGAAAGCAAAACUAUGGUAAAGACAGGGGACGUGUGA